CUAAGGACUGCAUUUCCAGUAAAAGGAAACUAGUAAUGUGAUUCUACACGAGAACACUCAGGAAGUUUUGAAAUCAGUCAAACAGAGUGAACAAAAAGCCAGACCAGAGCCUUCUGAUAGAGAAGUGAUGCUUGGGGCUGGAACUGUCUGCACCAUGAACAGUGUCAUGGCCCUGGCUAUCAUCUGGACCAUGGCAGCACAUGCUGAAACAGACAAGCCUCUUGGAGAGCCUGCUAAGACUGGAUUUCAAAAAUGCAAGGAUGCCUUGAAACUACCUGUCUUAGAGGUCCUACCUGGAGGUGGCUGGGAUAAUCUGAGAAAUACAGACAUGGGAUGGGUGAUGGACUUGACAUACACCAACUGUAAGACCACAGAGGAUGGACAGUACAUCAUUCCUGAUGAAGUCUUUACCAUUCCUCAGAAAGAGAGCAAUCUGGAGAUGAACUCAGAAAUCCUGGAUUCCUGGGUGAAUUACCAGAGCACCACCUCGUUUUCCAUCAACACAGAACUCUCCCUUUUCUCCAAAGUCAAUGGCAAAUUCUCUACGGAGUUCCAAAGGAUGAAGACCCUUCAAGUGAAGGACCAAGCUGUAACCACCAGGGUUCAGGUAAGAAACCUGGUCUAUACAGUCAAAAACAGCCCAACUUCAGAACUCAGCUUGGGGUUUAUGAAGGCACUUAUGGACAUCUGUGACCAGCUAGAGAAAAAUCAGACAAAGAUGGCCACCUACCUGGCAGAACUGUUGGUCCUCAAUUAUGGCACACAUGUAAUCACUACUGUGGAUGCUGGGGCUGCACUAGUUCAGGAGGACCACAUAAGGUCCUCCUUCCUCCUGGACAACCAGAACAGCCAGAACACAGUGACUGCCUCUGCUGGGAUUGCCUUCUUCAACAUCGUGAACUUCAAACUUGAGGCAGACUAUACUUCCCAGAAUGCUUUGAGCAAGAGCUAUCUUUCUAACCGAACCAACUCAAGGGUACAGGGCAUGGGUGGGGUUCCAUUCUACCCAGGCAUCACCUUAGAAACCUGGCAGAAGGGCAUCGGUAACCACCUGGUGGCAAUAGACCGUGCUGGUUUGCCUCUGCAUUUCUUCAUCAAGCCUGACAAGCUGCCUGGCUUGCCAGGUCCCUUGGUGAAGAAGUUGUCGAAGACAGUGGAAACUGCAGUGAGACACUAUUAUACUUUUAACACCCACCCUGGCUGCACAAAUGUAGAUUCCCCUAACUUCAAUUUUCAAGCCAAUAUGGAUGACGGCUCAUGUGAUGAGAAAGUAACCAACUUCACUUUUGGUGGAGUUUACCAGGCAUGCACUGAACUGUCGGGGGAUGUUCUUUGCCAAAACCUAGAGCAGAAGAAUCUGCUCACUGGUGAUUUCUCUUGUCCCUCUGGCUACUCUCCUGUCCAUUUGCUUUCUCAGACCCAUGAGGAGGGUUACAGUCGCCUGGAAUGUAAAAAGAAAUGCACCCUCAAAAUCUUCUGCAAGACAGUGUGUGAAGAUGUCUUCCGAGUGGCCAGGGCUGAAUUCAGGGCUUACUGGUGUGCAGCAACUGGCCAGGUACCUGAAAACUCAGGACUUCUCUUUGGGGGAGUCUUCACUGACAAGAGCAUCAACCCCAUGACAAAUGCACAGUCAUGCCCAGCUGGCUACAUUCCACUGAGGCUGUUUGAGAACCUCAAGGUAUGCGUUUCUCUGGAUUAUGAGUUGGGGUACAGGUUUUCAGUCCCCUUUGGUGGAUUCUUUAGCUGUAUAAUGGGUAACCCCUUGGUUGAUUCUAAUACAUCCAAAGACAUAGGAGCACCAUCUCUGAAAAAGUGUCCUGGGGGUUUCAGCCAACACCUAGCGGUUAUCAGUGAUGGAUGCCAAGUGUCCUACUGUGUCAAGGCUGGGAUCUUUACUGGAGGGUCUCUGCUCCCUGUAAGGCUCCCACCUUACACCAAACCACCCCUCAUGAGCCAAGCUGCCACAAACACUGUCAUAGUGACCAGUAGUGAGACUGCCAGAUCCUGGAUUAAAGACCCCCAAACCAACCAGUGGAAGCUGGGAGAGCCACUGGAGCUGCGUAGAGCCAUGACAGUCAUCCAUGGGGACAGCAGUGGUAUGUCAGGAGGAGAAGCAGCUGUAAUCACUUUGGGAGUCAUCAUGGCACUUGGGGUUGUCAUUGCCUUGGCCAUCUACAGUACCAGGAAGUACAAGAAGAAGGAAUACCAGGCAAUUGAGGAGCGAGAGAGUUUGGUUGGAAAUUUAGCAACAGAUGCAUCACCAGCCUCUAACGGAGAACAGGAUCCAAGUCCAGCCUAAUUGUCUCCAAAGGAAACAGUCUCUGCCAUUUCAAGCCACAGCUUCAAGCACACUUUUCGCACAUUCCUAAGUACUGAAGUGACAGUUGCAACAGAAAGCAGGUAUUACAGCUGUGGGACUUCUUGUUUAGGCCUCUGCACCAGGAAAUUAAAGGGACUGUUUAAGGAGGUGUGUGUGGGGGGGCGGUGAUUCAGUCAGGAAAAGCUGGACUGGGACCAAGGCAUGAAGGGAGUGUGCAUCCAUUCUCAUACCUGUCUUUACCUGAAUGCAUGUGUAUGAAAAGAGAUGUGGAGACUGCAUUUGGGUGGAGAUUAGGGAUUUAGUCUGAAGUCAAAAGGUUUUCCAGUUUGUGAGCAGGAGGGGUUUGUGCUCUAGGUACCUUAUUACUUCCAUUUUGCUUGUAAAGAAGCUCUCUGGGUUUCAUAAACCAAGAAGCAGACAUGACCCUAAAAUGCCACAGGAAGCCUACACAGCCACUACCCUUUAACUCUAAGGACUCUGUCUUGCUUUACAGGGUUUCCUCUCCUGGAGUCAUCUCACAGGCAUGCAAAGGGCUUAUACAACCUCCAUUUUCCCCAACUGCCCCACAAUUAGCACUUAGUUUAGAUCAGUCUUGGGUUUUUGAACAGUGUUAAGUUCUCAGAAAAUAUUUUAACUUACAUUCUUCUGUUAGGGGAUGAGGGGUGAAGGAACUGUAGGGAAACAAAUAAGAAAUUAAGGAUAAAACCUGGGGUUCUGGAGACAAUGCUACUAUUCCAGAAUUGAAUUCUUAAUCUGUCAACUAAUAGUAUUAUAAAUAAGAACUGAGUGGAGCUGCAUUUUGGAAAGACCAAGCAUUAUAGUUUCAUGUUUAUGUUUCAAAUAUAUAACCCCUUCCUCUCUCCCCCUUCAUCUUUCCUCUCUCUCUAGCCUUCAUCCUUCCCUCUCCUUCAUCCUUCCUAUUUCUUUCUCCUUCCUGUCUUCUUAUCAUGAGUGUGAGUACAGUCACAUAAACAUUCCCUAUAUUCCAACAAGAAACUUUCAUUUUCCUGGUGGUGAAAAAAAAUGCAAAAGUCAAAAUAAGCCUCUAUUUAAGUAUCAUUUCUUUCCUAAAACCAAAACUACACAGAAACACCCUCUUCUGUCCCUUUAGGCUUUUCUGGUUUUCACUGCUAGAAACAGGGUUGAUGUGACAAAAAGUUAUGUCACUAAGUUAACUGGAAAAGGCAUCCAGAACUACCUGAGACAUUUAUUUCAAUUACAAAAUGAAUUUCACGGGGCAUCUGUCAGGAUACAUGAUUGACACCUGGCAGUAGUUGGGGUUUCACUCAAUUUUAAUAUCUGAUUUAAUUCUCUGCAACAUAGACAUUCCUCCACAGCUGCUUUAGAAAUUAUGUAUCUAUUCACCAUAGGACACCACCAGUGGGCUAUCAUGUAUGGAAGAUAAUGUGUUCUCUCCGUAAUGUUGACAAUCAGGGCAAACAGUAGGCCCUUCUGAAGAGCUUCAAGUGUCUCAGCCUUUGGGAAUGUGGGGAGAAUUACUCAUCCAAUUCCAGCUGAGAUACAGAGGAGUGAACAACUGAGUUUGAACUACUACUGCCCUACUGCUCAGCCAAGGUGAAGGAGGCUUCCUUCACCAAACCUGCCCGUUUCAGUAUUAAAAUGUUCACUGUGGGCUCUGAGUGAAUUCUGUACGUUUCAGUCAAGCUAAUAACUUUCUUUUUCUUUAAUGUAUCCAACAGCCAGUUUUAUUUUAUGUAUGGAUAAGUAUACUACCACAUCAUCUUUGUGGGGAGUUUGCCAGUUAUUUUUAACUUUUUGAAAAUGUAUUCUAUGUGUCUUUUACAUCAUGAUAGCUUGAUCCCAUUCAUUUCUCCAACCCUUUGCCCUCAGCUCCUGUACCCCCACCCAAAAUAAAACAAGAUUUAAAAGAAAACAAGAAAAUCAAUUAAAGCGCUUGUCAUGAAAGCUGCAAUGUGACACCAUGAGUCAGACAGUAAAUCCCUUUGUCUAUGUAACUUUACUUGUAAGUGUUUAUUGGAAAGAGUCAUUGCCUGGUUCUUGGCUUGCCCCAACAUCCACCCCAUCUCUGACCUGCUAGAGCAUGUAAAUUGACCUGACCUACAGACCCAAAGCUGCAGCAUCUCAACACAGGGCAACAACAGGAUAUGCAAGAAGACUCCUAGUGAGGGCCCAGCAUCGAUAGUGUAGCAGAAACCAGAGGCCUCAAAACAGCUUUUCCUGUGUAAAUUCUCUAUAAGAAUUCCCGAGUCUACAAAGCAAGGCACAGGAGGCUCCUAGACCUUACUGCACAAACUUCCUAAUGAAAUUUUAAAAAUUUGUUCCAUAAACAUGUAGUUCUACUAACAAAAAUGUGUGUAAAUAUACAUUAAAAUGUGUACUCAGCAA